AUGGGUUCGACAUCUGAGCCGAACGGUUGUCCUCUCACGGCGCUGCGCUACAUCGCACAGUCAUACAACCAUGCCGAUUCUCAAGCGUCUGCGCUGAGGUUGGUUUUGACCUUGAACCCUCACUGGGAAGGUCCAGAGAACAACAUCGAAUUCGUGCGCUUCACGGACGGUAUAACUAAUACUCUUCUCAAAAUCAUAAAUCGCAAGCCUGGCUUGACCGAAGAACAAAUAGACAACGAAGCUGUACUGAUGAGAGCGUACGGUAACCAUACAGAGAUUCUUAUAGACCGCGAAAGUAAGACAGACUCGGGACAUACGCCCUUUCUCCUUUUUGCCCAUUGCGCCAAUGCUGAGUAG